UAUUACUACUACUACUUUUCUACUAGUACUACUACUACCACUAGUACUACUACUACAACUACUAUUAGUAAUACUACUACUACUUCUAGUACUACAAUUAAUACUAGUACUACUACUACUACUACAACUACUACUAGUACUACUACUACUACUAGUACUAGUACUACUAGUACUAAUACUACUACUAUUACUACUAGUACUACUAAUACCACUAGUACUAUUACUACUACUAGUACUACUACUACUACUAGUAAUACUACUACUACUUCUAGUACUACUACUAAUACUAGUACAACUACUACUACUACAACUACUACUAAUAAUACUACUACUAAUAUUACUACUACUACUACCAGUACUACUACUAGUACUACUACUAAUACUACUAGUACUGAUACUACUACUACUGCUACUACUAGUACUACUACUACUACUACUAGUACUACUACUACUAGUACUACUACUACUACCACCAAUACUACUACUACUAGUACUACUAGUAGUACUACUACUACUACAAGUACUACUACUACUACUAGUACUAGUAUUACUACUACUACUAGUACUACUACUACUAGUACUACUACUACUACUAGUACUACUACUACUAGUACUAAUAAUACUACUACUACUACUAGUACUACUACUACUACUACUACUAGUACUACUACUACUACUACUAGUACUACUACUAGUACUAUGAGUACUACUACUACUACUACUAGUACUAAUAACACGACUACUACUACUAGUACAACUACUAGUACUACUAGUAAUACUACUACUACUAGUAAUACUACUAGUAAUACUACUACUAGUACUACUACUACUAGUACUACUACUACUAGUACUACUACUAAUACUACUACUAGUACUACUACUAGUAUACUACUACUAAUAAAA